UUUUUUUUAAUCGAUAAUUUACCUUGAUUGGUAGAGUGAAAUUGGAACUAUUUAUAUGGAGUUAGUUUCUGUAUUUGCUUCUUACCGGCAAAAAUUGUUCCAAUAAUUUGGGAAAAUUGCCGAAAAUGUGUAGCUCAGCUCCAUGGAAGCAGCUUCUUCUCAACUCCAUCAACUCCAAUUCCCAUCUUAAGCAUUCAACCUAUUUUCAGCUCGCAACUGUUGGAUCCAAUGGAAGACCCUCUAAUCGAACUGUCGUCUUCAGAGGGUUUCAAGAUGGUACUGAUAAGAUUCAAAUUAAUACUGACUCACGAAGCUGCAAGAUUGAAGAUCUUAAGCAUUGCCCAUUUGCAGAGGUGUGCUGGUAUUUCACUGAAACUUGGGAACAAUUCAGAAUUCAUGGAAGAGUCGAUUUGAUUGAUGCAUCAAACUCUGACCCAGAUAAACUUAAGCAAAGAGAGGCAGCUUGGUUUGCUGGUUCUGUGAGAUCAAGACUACAAUAUUUGGGGCCUACUCCAGGGCUUCCUUCUCUAGAUGAACAACCAUCGCACGAUUCACUAGAUUCGUCUGCUGGUCCAGUCGAUGCAUUCUGCCUUCUACUUCUGGACCCUGAGCAGGUUGAUUAUCUGAACUUGAAGAGUAAUGAGAGGCUAGCAUUUACUACUGCACGAAGUGUCAAUGAUUUCACAGUUCCUGAUGAAAGAAAUCAGCUGAGUUUGAAGCACAUGCGUACUAAGCAUACUCCCCGUACGUUCACACUUUACUUGCAUGACAUGUUUAUUAUAACCCACACCUCGUUGUAUAAUCACUCACUAAGCAGGGGUGGAGGUAGGGAUGCAAGGGGUUCAUCUGAACACCAUUCGUGAGAAAAAAAGUAUAGGUAUAUGUAAGACGAGGCCAAAUUUAUUUUUAAUGUACAUAUCGUAGAUGCUGAAUCUUAUUGCUUCUUUGUAUAUUUAAACCUUCAUAUUUCUGUAUUGGCCAUUAUUGACAAAAACAUUGUGUCUUAGCUAUACAAUCAACAAUGAAAUGUGCAACAAGUUGAACAAGGAAGAAAAAGAAAAAAACUUCUACUAAGUUUUGUAUGUAAAGCUAGACAAAUAGAGCUGUAUAUAUGAUCAUGCCUUGACCCCAAUUUGACUCAAUUGUAUGAAUUCCUCUAUAUACGUUUGAUGAGUAGUAGGGCCAAUGUAAAGUGUUAGUCGAGUAGCUUUGACUCAGAUCCUAUAUAUGUGUUAGGAACAUCGUUAAAUAAGUGCAACAAAAAUUGGCUUCGAACCCAAUAAAUCAAACGAGUUAUGAUAAAAUUCAGAACUCAUAUUCCUAAAGUUCAAAAGUUUGAUCCGGCCUCUGAUGGUUGGAGUGGGGUUGUGUAUG